AGUCCGGCUGGGAGCCCUUAGGACCCCCUGGCGUGGCCCAGGAGGCUGGGGAGUGCUUUGAGGGACCCUCUUACGAGGGGCUUGCCUAGCGUGAGAGUGUGUGGAAGGGUGUCAGAGUGUGUCUGCAAGGGGCUCAGAGCCCGCUCUUCCUCUGGGCACCACCGGUUAGUGGAGAGCCUGGCACCGAGGAGCCUGCUUGCCUGCCUGCGGGACCUGGGGCUCCCGUUUUCCCCGGACUCCCGGGCUGGGAGCUGUGGGAACCUAACCUCGUAGGGAGGUGGAAGAAGCAGCUGGGGAGUCGGCAGGAGAGGCGGCAGAGGCAGCAAGGACAGAAGCAGCGGCGGGCAGAGGUGGACAGUGGCAUCAACAGCUGCUGCUAGGGGAUGAAAGGAAGACAAAGCUGCAGUUUCAAAGAUUCCCAUUCCUGUUUGGAGCCAAUAAGGAUUUUGCUUGGGAUAUAUUGAUCUUAAUUCUACAAUGAAAAAGGAAACUAGAAACUGUUUACUAUGAAGAUGGGGACAUAAUUCAAUGCACUAACUUUGAAGAGCUUGCAAGCACAGAAGUUGAUGGAGGGACUGAACAAUAAGGAUUCACAAUAAAAAACAACACUGAAAAUUAUGAUCAAAAACUGAAAAAAGGCCCAUCUUGAGUGAAAUCUGACAGAAGAUGUUACAGCAGUUUUCUCUCUGGAAAUGGUUACCUUUAGGGAUUAUUCUUGGCACUCUCUUCUCAUUUGGCGCUGGCCAGCAUGAGGAUGACUGGCAGUACGAGGAUUGUAAGCUGGCACGGGGAGGCCCACCUGCAACAAUAGUCGCCAUUGAUGAAGAAAGUAAAAAUGGUACAAUCAUCGUGGACAACAUGCUUAUCAAAGGGACAGCUGGGGGCCCGAAUCCAACCAUUGAGCUCUCACUAAAGGACAACACGGAUUACUGGGUGAUGUUGGAUCCAGUCAAACAGAUGCUCUUCCUAAAUAGCACUGGCAGAGUCCUGGACAGAGAUCCACCAAUGAACAUCCAUUCCAUUGUGGUGAAAGUCCAGUGCAUUAACAAAAAAGUGGGUACCGUUAUUUACCAUGAGGUUCGAAUUGUGGUGAGAGACAGAAAUGACAACUCUCCUACUUUCAAGCAUGAGAGCUACUAUGCCACCGUGAACGAGCUUACACCAGUGGGAACCACCAUAUUCACAGGGUUUUCCGGAGAUAAUGGAGCCACAGACAUAGAUGACGGCCCCAAUGGACAAAUAGAAUAUGUCAUCCAGUACAACCCAGAUGAUCCAACCUCCAACGACACUUUUGAGAUCCCUCUCACAUUAACUGGAACUGUUGUAUUGAGGAAGAGACUUAAUUAUGAAGAUAAGACUCGUUAUUAUGUCAUUGUUCAAGCUAAUGACCGAGCUCAAAAUCUUAAUGAACGGAGAACAAGUACUACCACGCUCACAAUAGACGUCCUUGAUGGAGAUGAUCUGGGGCCAAUGUUUCUUCCUUGUGUCCUGGUGCCCAAUACUCGAGAUUGUCGCCCUCUCACCUACCAAGCAGCCAUCCCAGAACUGCGAACACCGGAAGAACUGAACCCCAUCACUGUCACACCCCCAAUCCAAGCCAUUGAUCAGGACCGGGACAUCCAGCCACCUUCUGAUCGUCCUGGGAUCCUCUAUUCCAUCCUUGUGGGGACUCCUGAAGAUUAUCCCCAGUAUUUCCAUAUGCAUCCGAGGACUGCAGAGCUCAGCCUCCUACAGCCUGUAAACAGGGAUUUCUACCAGAAAUUUGAUUUGGUGAUUAAGGCAGAACAAGAUAACGGUCAUCCUCUCCCUGCAUUUGCCAGCCUUCAUAUUGAAAUCUUGGAUGAAAACAACCAGAGCCCGUACUUCACAAUGCCCAGUUAUCAAGGCUAUAUCCUGGAGUCGGCCCCUGUUGGUGCCACCAUCUCGGACAGUCUCAACUUGACUACCCCUCUCAGAAUCGUUGUCUUGGACAAGGAUGUAGAGGAUACAAAAGACCCCGAGGUCCAUCUUUUUCUGAAUGAUUACACCUCAGUCUUCACUGUGACUCCAUCUGGUAUAACACGCUACCUCACCUUGCUUCAGCCCGUGGACAGGGAAGAACAGCAGUACUACACCUUCUCGAUAACUGCAUUCGAUGGUGUCCAAGAAAGCAGCCCUGUUACAGUCAACAUCAAGGUGAUCGAUGCAAAUGAUAACACUCCAACCUUCCCUGCGAUCUCCUACAAUGUCUAUGUUUACACAGACAUGAGCCCUGGGGACAGUGUCAUCCAGCUCACUGCAGUAGAUGCAGACGAAGGGUCAAAUGGGGAGAUCUCAUACCAGAUCCUCGUUGGGGAUCAGGGCGACUUCGUCAUCAAUAAAACCACAGGUCUUAUAACCAUCGCACCAGGAGUAGAAUUGAUAGUAGGACGGACUUAUGCCCUCACCGUGCAAGCAGCUGACAAUGCCCCACCUGCAGAGAGAAGGGAUUCCAUUUGCACUGUCUAUAUUGAAGUACUUCCUCCUAAUAACCAGAGUCCUCCCCGCUUCCCACAGCUGAUGUACAGUCUUGAAGUCAGUGAAGCCAUGAGGAUUGGGGCAGUUUUGUUGAAUCUCCAGGCAACAGAUCGAGAGCAUGAUCCAAUAACAUAUGCUAUCGAGAAUGGAGAUCCUCAGAGAGUUUUCAACCUUUCAGAAACCACUGGAAUUCUUACCUUGGGAAAAGCACUGGACAGAGAAAGCACAGAUCGCUACAUAUUAAUAGUCACUGCUUCUGAUGGCAGACCAGAUGGGACUUCAACAGCCACUGUGAACAUUGUGGUGACAGACGUAAAUGACAACGCACCAACUUUUGAUCCAUAUCUGCCAAGAAACUUAUCUGUGGUUGAAGAAGAAGCCAAUGCUUUUGUUGGACAAGUUAGGGCCACAGAUCCAGAUGCUGGCAUAAAUGGUCAAGUGCACUAUAGUCUAGGAAACUUCAACAAUCUUUUUUGGAUUACUUCAAAUGGAACUAUUUACACAAGAGUUAAGCUUAACAGGGAAGUAAGAGACUACUAUGAGCUUGUUGUGAUAGCAACAGAUGGAGCUGUGCAUCCUCGGCAUUCGACAUUGACCCUGGCAAUAAGGGUCUUGGACAUUGACGACAAUAGCCCAGUUUUCACCAACUCCACUUACACAGUUGUUGUUGAAGAGAAUCUCCCUGCGGGAACCAUUUUCCUUCAAAUAGAGGCAACUGAUGUUGACCUUGGUGCCAACGUUUCCUACCGAAUUCGAAGCCCAGAAGUUAAACACUUAUUUGCCCUGCACCCCUUCACAGGAGAAUUGUCCCUGUUGAAGAGUUUGGAUUACGAGUCCUUUCCAGAGAAUGAAGCCUAUAUCACUUUUCUCGUGGAGGCUUUUGAUAUUGGAGGAACCAUGCCCCCAGGCAUUGCCACUGUCACAGUGAUUGUGAAGGAUAUGAACGAUUAUCCUCCGGUGUUUUCCAAACAUCUCUACAAAGGGAUGGUGGCUCCAGAUGCAGUCAAGGGCACGCUAAUAACUACUGUUUUUGCUCAAGAUGCUGAUCCUCCAGGGUUACCAGCAAGCCAUGUGCGGUACCGAGUGGAAGACAAACAAUAUCCUUACCCAGCAAGCAUAUUUGACAUAGAAGAAUAUUCCGGACGUGUCAUCACUCGAGUGAAUCUCAAUGAAGAACCCAGUACAAUAUUUAAGUUGGAAGUUGUUGCUUUUGAUGAUGGGGAACCUGUGAUGUCUGGAAGUGCCACAGUGAAAAUCCUUGUCUUGCAUCCUGGAGAAAUCCCACGCUUCACACAAGAGGAAUAUAGACCUCCUCCAGUAAGUGAACUUGCACCAAUAGGAACUCCAGUUGGCGUUAUCAUCGCAGCAGCCAUCAAUCAAAGUAUUGUAUAUUCUAUUGUUUCAGGAAAUGAAGAUGAUCACUUUGGGAUUAAUAACGUCACAGGUGUGAUCUACGUCAAGUCACCUCUUGACUAUGAAACAAAGACCAGCUACGUGCUCCGAGUGCAGGCCGAUUCCUUGGAAGUAGUUCUGGCCAAUCUGCGAGUCCCCUCUAAAAGCAACUCAGCCAAAGUGUAUAUUGAGGUUCAGGAUGAGAAUGAUCAUGCUCCGGUUUUUCAGAAAAGGUUGUACAUCGGAGGAGUGUCUGAAGAAGCACUGAUGUUUUCCUCUGUGCUCAGAGUAAAGGCAACUGAUAAAGACACUGGUAAUUACAGUGCCAUGGCCUACAGGCUGAUCAUACCUCCAAUUAAAGAGGGAAAGGAAGGAUUUGUUGUGGAGACGUAUACAGGUCUCAUAAAAACUGCCAUGCUGUUCAAAAACAUGAGAAGGUCCUACUUCAAGUUCCAGGUCGUCGCAACGGAUGAUUAUGGGAAAGGACUAAGUGGGAAAGCUAAUGUCCUGGUGUCUGUGGUCAAUCAGCUGGACAUGCAAGUCAUUGUAUCCAACGUGCCUCCAACUCUUGUGGAACAGAACAUUGAAGAACUGACAGAGAUUUUGGAUCGCUAUGUACAAGAACAGAUUCCUGGUGCCAAAGUUGUGGUGGAAUCCAUUGGUGCCAGACGGUUUGGAGAAGCCUAUUCUCAAGAAGACUACACCAAGUCUGACCUGGUUGUCUAUGCAAUUGAUCCCCAGACCAAUAGAGCAAUCAGCAGGAAUGAACUUUUUAAGUUCCUAGAUGGAAAGCUGCUCGAUAUUAAUAAAGACUUCCAGCCAUAUUAUGGUGAAGGAGGACGAAUAUUGGAAAUCCGAACACCAGAUGCAGUGGCAUUGGUUAAGAAACAUGGGCAGUCUUUUGGCUAUACUGAAGGGGCACUGCUUGCACUAGCCAUGAUUAUCAUCCUCUGCUGUAUUCCUGCCAUCUUGGUUGUAUUGGUCAGCUACAGACAGUUUAAAGUACGACAAGAAGAAUGCACCAAGACAGCCAAGAUGCAGGCCCUGGCAGCAGCCAAGCCAGCAGCCCCAGCCCCACCACCAGCAGCAGCAGCAGCACCUCCUCCGCCACCACCACCACCUCCCCCAGGGGGUCCCCAUCUCUAUGAGGAGUUGGGUGGAAGUGCAAUGCAUCAUCUUUUCCUUCUGUACCAUUUCCAACAAAGCAGGGGAAAUAAAUCAGUCUUAGAAGAAGGAGAACGUCAAAGAGUAAUAAGCCACGUGGCUUCCCGUGCAAUUGAAGCACACAAGCAGGCUCGGAAAACUGGAUCGCUCAGGAAUAACCUACCCAAGUCUGCAAGUAACAUCACACUUUUAUCUGAUGAGAACCCCUUAACAACCCACAAUCCUUUAUAUGUGGAAGGGGGAGGUCAAAGUUCCACAAGUCCUGGAUUUCCAUGGAGAAGAACAGGUUUGCUAGACAAGCUUUCCCCCAGAAGGCUAGCCAAGAAAGGUUGUUUGAAAUACCCAGCAGAAAGCACUCAUCGGCCAUGGACUCUACCAACCAGCUUUACCCGGAGGCAGAUGUAUGAGGUUCUGAGUAGGCCAGUAAUUAUGGAUCCUAUCCAGUGGGAAAAUGAACGCCUCCAAGUAGAGGCUGAACUAAGUGGAUACCAGUCGAGUACGGUGGAUGCUAGCCUUUGCCCAUUUCAAACUGAAGACACAAAAUUGAUAGUGACACAGAAAGCCAGGCAAUUUAAAGGGCAAACUUUUCAGGAAAUGAAUCAAGGGAAGUGUUGUGAUGGAAGAGCAACCUGGUCCCCAUCCCAAAGUAAGCCACUAGAGCUAUCCACUGAACACUUGCUUUCUUCUCCCUGGUGCCGGUUCUCUUCUUUUUCCACUUUGCCACCUGUUCCACGUACACUUGAACUUGAUACUGUACCUCCAAUCAUCGUUUCUCAUGCUGAUGCUCCUCUCACAUCUUCUCCACUGACUCAAAAGCCAACUCUGCCACCUUCUUUUUGGAUAUCAAAACCCAAUCCUCAACACUAUUUGUCCCCUAAGACAAGGGAGAAAAUGAUAGAAAAUAUUCCAGAUCCUCCCAACACUCCUCCGCCUUUCCCUCCUCCUCCACUCCCACCACCACCACCACUGCCACCUCCUGCUUCACCCAUUCCUUCAUGCUCCCUGUCCAGCCCAGUUGUCCGUCAUCACUCCAGGCUCUCCCCUGACAUGGGAAUGGACUCUUUAUGUGGGCAGCUUUCCCCAGUGGUCCCAGACCCAAGUCCAGGCCCUCGAAGGGAACUGAAAGGCAUUCUCAAAAAUCUCCCUAACCUAGCAGCCAUUGAGAAGUCAGUAGCAAACAUGUACAGCCACAUAGGCCAAAAACCCCCAGCACCCCCACAGAGUUCCAGGCUCAAACCAGUUGCCACACCUCAGCCACCCAAUACAGCAACCACAACUGAACAAAUGCAGCAGAACUCUGGCUAUGUUGCUGAAGAGCUUGAGAAUCAGAUUUUCUUUCAAUCCACAGCACUCUGAUGCUGUGGGGUUUUUUCUGCCAUUUGUUGCUAUCUUCUUUGACUCUGUUUUUGACAAUCAAAAUUGGACUCAUGAGAGCAAGUUUGGGCAUCAAGGAUAACUAGACUGUUGCCCCUUCUCAAGGACUGAUCCCAGUUCUCUGUUUGAUUCUCCCUGUCAACCUUAAAGUACUUUUGGUUAACAUCAUCACCAUGAACUUUGUAUUGUUUCUUCACUUUGUAUUGCUUAUCUAUAAAAGGCAGCAUUCUUUGUUAUAGAUUUUAUUGUAAAAUUAGGAAAGGUCUUCUUGAGCUGUCCAUGUGCACCCACGUGUACCCCCCCCACACACACACACACACAUACACACACACAUAUGUCCACAUUCCCCUGAGGUCUUACUUUGCAAAAUCCUAAAUUGGUGUCAUAGUUUUAUAUGUUUACUUUUUGGUUAGCACUUUGCCACCUGGAGGCUUCAGAUGUAGAACUAACUGUAGUUCUUUUUUCAAAGGUAAAGAUGAUAUAUUGUUUCCUUCUAUGCAUGUGCAUCUGGAAAGAAAUCUUAUUUUCAGAAUAGUAUGAUUUGUUCUAUAUUUACUUGUGAAAUGAGGAAUUCUUAACUUAUUUGGAAGAAAAGCUUUUGUCCUUAGUAUAAUAUUAUAUGCAUUUAAAAUGGAAGUGAUAAUAAGAUGGGUAACUACAAAGUAAGUCAGAGUUAUUAUCUUAUGGAAUUCUGUUUCUAUAUAAGAUGAUUCUGUAUUAUGGUUUAGUGGCAUCUUCCAAAUGUGCUUAUAACUUUGAGUAGAGUGUCCCUCCUAUUGUCCUGUGUUUUUCCUCAUUCUCCUUCCUUUACAUACUUUUAUUUUUUCACCUUAAAAAUGAAAAUACAUCUUUAGUUGUUGCCUUUUUUAGACAGUUGAUUAUUUCAGCAGAUGUUUAACAUGUGUUGUGAUUUUGCUUGUUCACACUAUUCAAGCCCCUUCUUAAUUAAUAUUCCAUGCUAAGAUUUCCCAUCAAAGAGAAUAUUUGCUUAUACUCACCUCCAAUAAAGAAAUUCAAGUCAGUGUUAUCAAGAGAAGGUUUAUAAGUGUCCAUAAAGAUUUAUGUUUUAUGAAUUUAGUUACUGCUAAUUUCAUUAAUCUAAAUUAUAAGUCUUCACAUUAAGUAUGUCAGUUAUACUAAAUUAGCUUGUCCUCUAAAAUGAACAGUACAUUAGGGGAGAAAAAUCUGAGGUGCUCAAGUCUAGCUCAAUCAGAUUCUUUGUAUAAAUAUGGAACUAAUCCUAUUUUAAACAAUAACAUUUAAAAUGAGGUGCUGAAAAUAUAAGCGAUCACAGAGUUUUAGAACUGGUACUAGCCUUUGAAAUCCAAUUCCUUUAUUUUAUAGAUAAGGAAACUGAGGCUCUGAGAAACCGAGACUUAAAUCGAGUUCAUAAUUUGUUAAGUGGCAGAGCCAGGAUUCUAACUCAGGGUUUCUGAAUCAAAUAUUGUG